AUGGCUGGCAACGGUGAGGCUGUCGUCCCUGAGACAGUGUCGGGCCCUGCCACCGCGGAUGAUGGGUCAACAAGCGCCCAAUCGGUACGCGCCAUCUCUGUUUAUGAUGCGGUGGCGGGAAGAGCUGGAUUGAACGGAUUUCUGACAAAAGAUCAAAUCCAUGUGCUGCCUCUCGCUCCCGAGGAUUUUCUCCUGCGGCGAACAACCCUUCCCGAAGAUCUGGUCUACCGAUCGUACGAUGCCGCGGGAGAGCUUUCCGGCAACGACCGGCUUCCAGAGUCAGAAAUGGUCAAAGCAAUCCACAGCUACGCGUCAGAUUUUUAUAGCUCUGCCACCGUGGACAAGGGGAUGUAUGAUUUCCGAUCUCUGGAUGAGACCGCAUUGUUGGCGAUGGGCAUUCUAUUGGAAGAAGCGGUGAAAGAAGCACUGGGUGAGGGAGGGGAUAUGGCGUUGGUGGAGCCAGAAGGACUUGAACGGGGACUGGGCGAAAGCAAAAUGACCAGGCAUCAGGUCAAGGGAAGAGUGAAGCCAAUGACCAGGUCCAAAGACCUACCGGAUGAGCACAAUGUCGAUCCAGACGAAUCCCCGGUGAAAAAAACAAGACGUUGA